AUGGAGGCUCUGAAAGUAUGGAGUCUUACGGCGUCGCCGUUGAGACAAUUACUCCGUCUAUCCUCUUCUACGCGUAUCGCCACUUCACUAUACGGAAGAAGAUCACACCACUCAUCACUAAUGCUCCGAUGUGCCUCCGCCGCUUCUUCCUCAAAUGCCGCCACGGCUGAAACUCCUAAACCCUCCGGUAGAAACAGAAGGGCAGCUUCGUCUUCCAAUUCCACAUCCGAUCGUGAGGCUAUCCGCUCCAUUCGUCUCAAAAAGGUUGAGGAACUGAGAGGUCAAGGUGUUGAGCCUUAUGCUUACAAGUGGGAGAAAAGCCACAGUGCAAAUCAGUUACAAGAGAUUUAUAAGCAUCUAGAGAAUGGUGAAGAGUCAAACAGUGAGAGUGAUCGUGUUUCUAUAGCUGGGAGAGUCGUUGCUCGUAGAGCGUUUGGGAAACUUGCGUUUUUGACUCUCAGGGAUGACUCUGGAACCAUCCAGCUAUACUGUGAGAAGGAAAGGCUGUCAGAUGAGCAGUUUGAACAGCUGAAGGCAUUCAUAGAUAUUGGUGAUAUUUUGGGUGCUAGUGGCUCUAUGAAGAGGACUGAGAAAGGAGAGCUUUCUAUAUGUGUGAGUUCUUUUUCAAUUCUCACAAAGUCUCUCCUUCCAUUGCCUGACAAGUAUCAUGGUCUAACUGAUAUUGAUAAACGUUACCGCCAACGGUAUGUGGAUAUGAUUGCUAACCCUGAAGUGGCUGAUGUAUUCCGCAAAAGAGCAAAAAUAGUUUCAGAGAUACGCAAGACAGUGGAGUCUUCUGGAUAUCUGGAGGUUGAAACUCCAGUUCUUCAGGGAGCAGCUGGUGGAGCCGAAGCUAGACCCUUUGUAACGUAUCAUAACUCACUUGGAAGGGAUCUCUACCUGAGGAUUGCAACUGAGCUUCACUUGAAAAGAAUGCUGGUUGGAGGGUUUGAGAAAGUGUAUGAAAUUGGUCGUAUAUUUAGAAACGAAGGCCUUUCAACACGUCACAAUCCUGAAUUCACAACCAUCGAGAUGUAUGAAGCUUUUUCAGACUACCAAAGCAUGAUGGACAUGGCAGAAUUAAUCGUCACUGAAUGUUCAAUGGCAGUUAAUGGGAAGCUAACAAUUGAUUACCAGGGAACAGAGAUCUCCCUGGAGCGGCCAUGGAGGAGAGAAACCAUGCAUAAUCUCGUUAAAGAGGCAACAGGAAUCGAUUUCAAUGAGCUAGGGGAAGAUCUCGGAAAGGCCAAAGACACAGUUCUGCUGGCACUUCAAGACGUGGUUGAGCCCAAGGACAAAUCUGGAAUUGGAGCUUGCUCUUCUCUCGGCCAUCUUCUUAAUGAGGUUUUUGAAGUUGUUGUAGAGCCAAAGCUUGUGCAGCCAACUUUUGUAUUGGACUACCCAAUCGAGAUAUCUCCCUUGGCCAAGCCACAUCGCGGUAAUGCAGGUUUGACUGAAAGAUUUGAACUGUUCAUCUGUGGCCGUGAAAUGGCAAACGCAUUCUCUGAAUUGACUGAUCCUGUGGACCAGAGGAAGCGGUUGGAAGAACAAGUAAGGCAGCAUAACGCAAAGCGAGCAGCCUCUGAACAAAACGCAAAGAAAGAUGAUGAUGAUGAGUCAUAUGAGGUGACACUAGACGAGGACUUUCUCACUGCCCUGGAAUACGGAAUGCCUCCGGCUUCCGGAAUGGGGCUUGGUAUUGACAGGCUGGUGAUGCUGUUGACAAACUCUGCGAGUAUAAGAGACGUCAUUGCGUUUCCUGUUCUGAAAGUUCAGCAGUAACACUUAAGCAGAAAGUGGUAUGUCUGUAGCUUUAGUAUUCUUUGUGUAUCUUUUUUGGUUAUUUCUCCAGCAGAGGGAGUUGCAAGAAGCAUGUGUAACAUACGCAGUUAGAUACCAAAAAUAAAUCCAAUGAUUUUGUUCUUGAUAAGUGUUUGAAACCGUAACAGACAUACAAUCAUACGGUAAACAUUACACACACGUUUACAUGACUUCUCCUAAUAUGUUGUGCAUGUAUUAGUUAGAUACAUGUUGAGAGUACUGAAUAAACACUGGUUCAGC